AUGUGGUUUUCGAUCUCAUUAUGUGUGGUUUUAACACAAUACUUUUUUACUUUUGCUGUUGCUUGGGAAAAUUAUGAAGAUAUUUCGCCAUAUCGGUACUUGUACGCUUGCCAAUACCAAUUGCGUUCAGAAGCCACUUUUUGUCCACCAACAAACGAAUCGUGCCCAUGCUUGAACCCCAACUUUCUUGCUUCGGUUGCUGGUUGUUUAGAAGCAAAUGUUGAUGGUACUCCAACCAGUAAGAUGUUGUACGCUGCUGAUAGAAAUUGCGAGUAUUACAAUGUGACUCUCGCAGAUGACUGGUAUGAAACUAGCUUGAAACUAUACCACGAGAAAGCCAAGAAAACGUCAGAUAUACCAAACUUUAAUAUGACAAAGAUCAUUGACAUUCCAAUCAUUAUGAACCACACCAGGCUGAUCAUGUUUCAAACCUCGUAUAAAAACUUUUACAACAAUUAUCAAAACUCGCUUUACUACGGUGCAGGAAUUUUGGCAUAUUGGGCUCUCGUUUUGGUCAUGGGUGCAGUGAUAAACUGGGGUAAAUUUUUGUUUCCUGGAACCACUAAAAAAAUGACAUAUCCCAUCGUCAACUACUGGAGAAAGUACGUGACUAUACCGGCAACUUUCCGCAAAAAGAAGGCGCAAGAUCAACAAUUUUUGAAAAUAUUUGGGUUCCUUAUCCCAUCCAGGUUUGAGUCGUUGAUUAUUGUUUUGUUCUACGGUGUCACCUUGAUAGUCAAUGCAGUUGAAAUGGAAGCUAUGGAAGAUGAUCCACUUAUGGAUUCUAAAUACAGAGCCGAGACGAGAUACGUUGGUGAUAGAACCGGUAUUACAGGUACCAUGUUUAUGCCGUUGAUUUUUUUAUUUGCAGGAAGAAACAACUUUUUGCAAUGGCUUACUAGAUGGAAUUAUAGUACAUUUAUGACCUUCCAUAGACACGUUUCAAGGGUUUGUGUUAUUUUGAUUAUCGUUCAUUCGUUUGCUUACACUGCUUUACUUGCUGAUCAAUUUGCUUCUAGAGCAGCUGAACCUUACUUUUAUUGGGGUAUUGUUGGAACUCUUGCUGGAGGGUUAAUGCUUGCGCAAGCCAUCUUGUUUCUUCGUCGCAACUGGUAUGAGAUCUUUCUUCUUGUGCAUAUUGCUCUUGCUGCAGUAUGGCUUCUUGGAUGCUGGUAUCACCUUAUCGACUUGGGUUAUAUCCAAAUGGUUGUCCCCGCUAUUGCCAUCUGGGUGGCUGAUCGUUUUGCGCGUAUCCUUCGUUUGUUCUUUUUUGGUUUCCCCAAAGCUGAUGUAUACUUAUUAGCUGAUGAGACUUUGAAGGUUGUGAUUCCCAAACCAAGCUAUUGGAAGUCGAUUCCUGGUGGCCAUGCGUUUAUUCAUUUCCUUAAACCAACAUAUUUCUGGCAAUCGCAUCCAUUUACAUUCACUGAUGGUAUUGAGGACAAGGAUAACAUUACCAUGUACUUGAAAGUAAAAGGUGGUAUUACUCACUCCUUGUACAAGAUGCUAGUUGCUGCUCCUGGUAGACAAUGUAAAGUCAGGGUUGCUGUUGAGGGUCCAUAUGGCGAAGCAACGCCUGCCAAGUAUGCUGAUACUGCAGUGUUUGUUGCUGGUGGUAAUGGUAUUCCCGGUAUUUACUCAGAGAUAAUUGACAUUGCUAAACAUACAACACAUUCUGAAAAGCAAUCUUUGAAGUUGUAUUGGGUCAUCAGAGAGUGGAGAUCGUUGUUUUGGUUCUACGAGGAAUUGGUGAAUUUGAACAAAACAAACAUCCAAACGACAAUUUAUGUGACUAGACCUGAUGUCAUCACGUGCAUUGAGGAUUACAGUCAAAGGUUUGUAUCUUCCGCCUCCUCCUCCUCCUCCUCUUCUUCUGUCGCCGCCACUAGAAAACAUCAACUGGAAACCUGUUCAGAUGUUGGAAUUGUUGCCGAAGGUGAGGAGAAGCAAGAUAGUCUUACCAAAGACUUGACUGUCAAAAUUGAUACCAAUUCCACCGACGAAAAGCGCGAUGCAUCGGAGAUUGUGCGUGCUAUUAAGAAUGAGCUUUCGCAUAUCACAUUUUUGGAGGGCAGACCAGACUUUGAAAAGAUUGUUCCUCAAGAGAUUCACGAAUCGAAUGGAUCUGUUACAUUUGUCACUUGUGGACACCCAGCAAUGGUUGAUGAGUUGAGAUAUUGCUGUGCACACAAUGUAGACAACAAGGAAAGAAAGAGGGUGGACUUUUUUGAGCAGAUCCAAGUGUGGGCAUAA